UUGUGAUGUUGUAUACUAUACAAUGUAUAGUAGUUUGUACUUUGUUGGCAGUAGUGCUGUACCGGUGUAGCACGGUCACCUUAGGUUUUUUCCGAGUUUUUAAACUGUUUUUCGUGCGUCAUCUUACGUUGUUAACGCUUUACGGGCUACAGCUACGGUCUUAACGUAAAUCGUGUAAGCAAUCACACGUCGAUUGCCAAUAAUAUUUUUAUCAUUGAUCAUUAUUAUUUCUCUUGAGUUGUUAAUUUAUUGUUUAAGUCAACACGGGUGUUUCAUCGUUAAUAAAUUAACAAUAACUGUUUUGAGUGACUAUUUUGAUUUUCAUUUACUGUACGCGUGUAAGCACUCAACUAUACGUUUGUUACCGGACAGCGGGUUACGAUGGAAAACGAGAUAAGGUACGAAAUACCUAGCUUGUUGAAAACAGCGUACUACGCUUGCAACGAGAUCGAGCGCGACAGGUACAACUCCCUGGAAGUACCGGACGUUGAUAUGCGACAUUGUUGUGAGCUGCUGUUUGAAAUAUUAACAAUCGACAAAAACCGAAACGAGGACAACGAAAGGCAGACCAUGUUCAGCAGAUCGAAGUUAAACAAGUACAACCGCGACAUGUAUAAAAAUAUAUUAUGCGCGGAAGCAGCGUCGAGCGGUCACAUCGAUUGCAUGAAACUCGCUCACGAGAUCGGCGUCCCUUGGGACACAAUGUCCAGAGCGAACGAUAAUGCGUGCGACCAGGCUGCGAAAUCGGGAUAUCUGGAAUGCCAGAGAUACGCCUGGGAAAACGGGUGCCCGUGGAAUAAGUUUACUUGCACCUACGCCGCGGAGAACGGUCACAUGGACUGCCUGGUUUACGCAAGGGAAAACGGGUGCCCGUGGGACGAGGAAACGUGUAGCAGCGCCGCGAGGAAUGGUCACAUGGACUGUCUGGUAUAUGCACGGGAAAACGGGUGCCCGUGGAAUAAAAGUACUUGCGACUACGCCGCGGAAAACGGUCACAUGGACUGUCUGGUAUACGCACGGCAAAGCGGGUGUCCUUGGGCCCAGGAAACGUGCAGCAGCGCCGCGAGGAAUGGUCACAUGGACUGUCUGGUAUAUGCACGGGAAAACGGGUGCCCGUGGAAUAAAAGUACUUGCGACUACGCCGCGGAAAACGGUCACAUGGACUGUCUGGUAUACGCACGGGAAAACGGGUGCCCUUGGGACCAGGAAACGUGCAGCAGAGCCGCGGAGAACGGUCACAUGGACUGCCUGGUAUACGCACGGGAAAACGGGUGCCCUUGGGCCCAGGAAACGUGCAGCAGCGCCGCGAGGAAUGGUCACAUGGACUGCCUGGUAUAUGCACGGGAAAACGGGUGCCCGUGGAAUAAGUUUACUUGCACCUACGCCGCGGAGAACGGUCACAUGGACUGCCUGGUUUACGCAAGGGAAAACGGGUGCCCUUGGGACCAGGAAACGUGCAGCAGAGCCGCGGAGAACGGUCACAUGGACUGCCUGGUAUACGCACGGGAAAACGGGUGCCCUUGGGCCCAGGAAACGUGCAGCAGCGCCGCGAGGAAUGGUCACAUGGACUGCCUGGUAUAUGCACGGGAAAACGGGUGCCCGUGGAGUAUAAAAACAUGCAAUGACGCCGCGGAGAAAGGUCAGAUGGACUGCCUGGUAUACGCACGGGAAAACGGGUGCCCGUGGAAUAAAAGUACUUGCGCCUACGCCGCGAAAAACGGUCAUAUGGACUGUCUAGUAUACGCACGGGAAAACGGGUGCCCUUGGGACCAGGAAACGUGCCGAAGAGCUGCGAUGAAUGGUCACAUGGACUGCCUGGUAUACGCACGGGAAAACGGGUGCCCGUGGAAUAAAAGUACCUGCGUCUACGCCGCGGAAAACGGUCACAUGGACUGUCUGGUAUACGCACGGGAAAACGGGUGCCCUUGGGACCAGGAAACGUGCCGAAGAGCUGCGAUGAAUGGUCACAUAGACUGCCUGGUAUACGCACGGGAAAACGGGUGCCCGUGGCAAAAGCAAACGUGCCACAGCGCCGCGUUGAACGGUCACAUAGACUGCCUGGUAUACGCGAGGGAAAACGGGUGCCCGUGGAAUAAGUUUACUUGCACCUACGCCGCGGAGAACGGUCACAUGGACUGCCUGGUAUACGCACGGGAAAACGGGUGCCUUUGGGACGAGGAAACGUGCAGCAGAGCCGCGUUGAACGGUCACAUGGACUGCCUGGUAUACGCACGGGAAAAUGGGUGCCCUUGGGACGAGGAAACGUGCAGCAGAGCCGCGUUUAACGGUCACAUGGACUGCCUGGUAUACGCACGGGAAAAUGGGUGCCCUUGGGACGAGGAAACGUGCAGCAGAGCCGCGGAGAACGGUCACAUAGACUGCCUGAUAUACGCACGGGAAAACGGGUGCCCUUGGGACGAGGAAACGCGCGGCAGAGCCUUGAAGAACCGUCACAUGGACUGCGUGGUUUACGCAUUGGAAAACGGGUGCCCGUGAGAUUUGGAAACGUGCACCUACGCCGCGAGGUACGGUCAAAUGGACUGCAUGGAGUUCGCACGGGAAAAUAGGUGUCCGUGGGACUGGAAAACGUGCCGUUAUAUAGAGAAGUACGGUCGCAUUGGUGGUUCGGUAUAUAUGUAAUAAUAUUAUGGCAGAUCAAAAAUAAAAUGUUUGAUAAUUAUUAAAUCUUGUAUCUAGUAUAAAUAAAAUGUAUUUACAUGUUAUUGUCUUAGAUGCAUUCAUUUCAACCUGAUCUUACUAUAACGAAUCGAUGAAUCAAUACAUACCUAUUGUGUGCGCCAAGUGAAAUACUUGAUAAAUUUUUGAUUUGAAUUAAAACUUGACUGUCGAAUAAUAGUCACAUUCUAUAGUUAAUAGUAAUAAUUUGAAAAACUAACGUAGGUGGCUAGGUAAUCUCAAGAAACAUAUAAGUAUAAAAUAAUCUAAAUUUACAUAUUAUUUUCUUUAAAAAUUUGCAAUUGUUUGAAUAGACAUCUUUAUUCAAUAAUACUUCAUAAUGUACAUUAUGACGAAAUAUUUUAACUUUCAAAAAAUGUACGAGGGAUUGAUUCAUAUGUUCAUGAUUUAAUUUAGUUGAUUAAAUAUUUAAAUAUAAUAUAAAAAUAAUAAAUAAUAAUUAAAAAAUUAUUAAUUUAAUUUUGCUUUCGUUUUUUGAAACUA